AUGUCAAGUAGUAUUAAUCCAUGCAAACUUCAUAACGGUAACAGCAUGGGCAUAUUUGGAAAUAUUUUGAUAUCUGAAGGUAGAUAUGGCGAAUAUGCUAUAAUAGGUGAUUUAGGAUUAAGUAAACCUGCUACUGAAGCUGCCGAUAAUGAAAACUAUAGCAUUAUUCAUUAUAUAACCUCAGAAAUUCUUCAAGGAAAAAGGUAUGCUAAGGCAUCAGACAUUUAUAGUUUUGUUUUCGGUAUGAUUAUGUGGGAGUGUAUGACAUGUAGAAGACCUUUUUGGGUUCGUGCUCAUGAUACUGAGCUGAUUAUUGAUAUUUAUGAUGGGUUACGUCCUCCAGUUGGUAACAUAGAAGCACCACAAAGAUAUUUUGAGUUAAUUAAAGAAUGCUUGAACCCUGAUCCAAGUAAAAGGCCAAUAUCUAUCGACAUUAUGUAUAGAAGCAAUAAAAUUGAAAUAACUAAUGCAAAUAAAAUAACCACUGCAUCACUUGAAUUUACUCAACCACCCAGUGAUGGAAUGAAUAAAUGA